ACUAUUUUAUAUUUCUCCAAUUUUACAAAUUUUAGUGGCCACGACCACGAGACUAAAACCAAAACCAAAACUCGAGCAAGCUUUCACUCCCCUAGGAUCCAACCUGAGUCCACGUUGACCCAUUUUGAGAGCAUGGAUGAUGAAAGAGAAACCCUAGAUGAGCCUGUAGAAAAGGAGGGAUCUUUGGUUGGGGAUGGGAAGGACUUAAAGGUUGGGGUUUUGGGUUCUGAUUUGUGCACAGAAGAUGGUGUUUGCACUCGUGAGGGUGAUGCUGAGCUGAAUGGUGAUGUGGGUUUUGAUGGAUCUAAAGAGGAGGGUAAAGGUGUGAAUCCUUCAGGUGGAGAAGCUGCUGAGGCUCUUGGUGAGGGUUCUCAAGUUGUAAGAUCCUUAGAAGGUAAGAGUGAGAAUGAGAUUGCUGAGUUGGAUGGAAAUGAUGCUACCUUGAAAACAUUGGAUGAGAAGAAGAACAUUAAUGACAGGAAGGUGAAAAAGUUAGUAGAAAAAGAAGCAAUUAGUGAUGUUAUUCGGGUCAAGUCAGAUGUUAGUCAAAGCAUUGAAGAGCAUGCUAAGGCUCUUGGUGAGGGUUCUCAAGUUGUUAAGUUCUUAGAAGGUAAGAGUGAGAAUGACACUGUUGAGUCUGAUAUUAGUCAAAGCAUUGAAGGGAAAGCUGGCUUUCCUGAGCAGGUUGGUUCACAAGGAGAACUAGAGAUUGAAGGUGAAAAUUUUGAUGAUGCUAAAUGGAGAAAACCAACACAUGGAAGAGUUACAAAGCAUGUGUCGAAUAAGAGUUCAGGAAACAUUCUUCAUGCAAGUUAUCAGCUGCCAAAGGAGAGAGGUGAGUUUUCUGUGUAUGAUAUGGUUUGGGGUAAGGUGAAAAGCCAUCCAUGGUGGCCAGGGCAGAUAUUUGAUCUCUCGGAUUCGUCUGUGGAGGCAAAGAAGCAUUUAAAAAAGGACCGCCACUUGGUUGCGUAUUUUGGGGAUAGAACAUUUGCCUGGAAUGAAUCAUCUCAGCUAAAGCCCUUUAAGACUCAUUUCUCUAAUAUUGUAAAGCAGAGCAAUUCAGAUGCAUUUCAGAAUGCUGUAGAUUGUGCUUUGGAUGAAGUCAGGCAAUGUGCAGAAUUUGGGUUAGCAUGUUCCUGCAUACCUAAAGAUACUUAUGACAAGAUUAAGCUCCAGACUGUUGAAAGCACUGGUAUUCGAGAAGAACUAAGUUUCACACGCAGAGUGGAUGAGUCUUUAAAUGCUAGUUCCUUUUCACCAGAUAACCUUUUGGAAUACUUGAAAACUCUAUCUGAGUUUCCAACUGGUGGCUUUGAUCGAUUGGAGCUUUUAAUUGCUAAGGCUCAGUUGCUUGCUUUCUAUCGUUUAAAGGGUUACUCUUGCUUGCCUGAGUUACAAUAUUGUGGAGUUGUGGAUAAUGACACCGAUGCCUUCUUAAUUAAGGACUUACUUAAGGGUACUGAUAAAAGUUUGAGUAAAGUUAAUAAGCAUGCAACUCAUGCGAGUAAAAAAGGUCAAACUGGUGCUGGAAAUUUGAAGACAACAAAUGGCUCCUGUCGCAAAAGCAAGCAUAAUUUGAAAGAUGAUUUAUAUCCAGAAAAGAAGAAAAGAAUCUUGUCAGAAUCAGUAGGUCGGACUCCAGAUUCUUCACAUGGUUAUUAUCGGUCAGGGGUGAAAGAUCGGAGAAAAACAAUUUCCCUUGCCAAAGUUUCAAAUUCCAUAAAACAAUCAUUUAAAAUUGGUGAACGUAUUCUAAGGGUUGCUAAUCAACUUACUGGACCACCGUCUGUGUUGAAGUGUUCUGGAGACAGGUCUCAAAUGGAAGAUGGAAGUGCUGAUGGCUUUUCAGGAAAUGGAUCUGGUUUCUUCUCCCCUAAUCUUGAGAAGACUCAGAAGUCAAGCUUGACUGUUCCAACAGAAUAUUCAUCUCUAGAUGAUUUGCUACAUUUACUUCAGUGGGUAGCACAAGAACCCCUGGGAGAUUAUAGUUCCUUGAAUGUUAUAGUGAGCUUCUUCUCUGAUUUCAGGAAUUCAAUAAUUGUGGCCAAUGAUUCUGGAAAAGAAAUUUCGCCUACAAAGAAAGUUGGUAAAAAGAAGAAACGACCUGUGGGUGGAUCACCUGAAACAAUUGAAUUUGAUGAUCUAAGUGAUACACAUUGGACUGACAAGGGCAUCCAGAGUGGUUCUGAAAAAAAGCUGCCGCGGAGAAGCAACAGAAGAGACUAUCAGCAUGCCCCUGCUGAGCCAGAAAAACCUAUUAUAGUUUAUACUCGUAGGUCCUAUUCCAGGAAACAAUGUUCAGACAGCAAUCUUGUUGUGGUUCCUGAAAAGCCUUUUGUUUGUGCAGAUGAGAAUUCUCCGGCUGAGCUUGUGUUGAACUUUGCUGAGCUGGAUUCUGUUCCCUCAGAAAUGCACCUAAAUAAGAUUUUUAGGCGAUUUGGACCUCUAAAUGAAUCUGAAACAGAAGUUGAUAGAGGGAGCAGCCGGGCUAGAGUGGUUUUUAAGAAGUGUACUGAUGCAGAGGUUGCUUUCAGUAAUGCUAAAAACUUCAACAUAUUUGGAUCAGUUCUUGUAAAUUACAAGCUUAACCAUACUCCAAGUACAUUGUUCAAAGCUUCAUCUCUUGCCACAACUCAAGACCAGGAGAAUGGAGAUGCAUGUUGAUCUCUCUAAUUCUGAACUUAAUAUGAUCUAAUCAUUUGGUCAUAAAUAUUUUAGUAUCACUAGAAUGUCUUUAAGGAAGCAUGUCAGCUGACCAACAAUCUAGAAUAGUGAAGAUAAGGAGGAGGAUGUUAUCAAACAUUCAGCUUUCAAUCCCGCCACUUCAAGACAAAAGGAAAUGAUUUUGCAUUUUUGCAGCAAGAAUCUGAGACUACAGAAGAAAGAAAUAUGGAAGAAAACAAGGGUAUUACUUACUUGGGCAAAUGUGAUUAGUGAUAUUUAGCUAUCACGAUACCAAUGCAUCUCUGUUAGCUCUAUUUACUUAGAUAUCUGUGUCAUUACAAAAUGAAAAUUUUCAGUCUGGGAGCAGUAGCAUUAAGAACAUUAGAUAGAUCCAUUUUAAUUGUAUAUUGGCUUUAAAAUGUUGUUAAGUAAACGGUCCUGUUUGUGGUAGAGACAGGAAUUUGAUUUCAUUUUUCCUUGGUUUAGCUAGCCUGGGGCCUCCUAAUUUAGUUGUUACUGUAGAAUAAAGAGAGUUGAAUAUACUGAAACUUUGGUUUUUGUAGGAUUUUCCUGUUUGUUAUUGUUUGCGCUGUACAUCUUUUGUUUGAUUUGGCACAAUUUUGACAUUUACUUCAAAUGUGAUUCUUUGAGCGCCAACCCCCCAUAGACUCUGAUAAGAACAGUUGAUGGCUUAGCUGCAUUUGAUUUGAAGCUCCUGCAUCGUACAGGAUUACUUCAUAAGCAAGCUCGAGUAUCCUAGCAGUGACUCACUUACAUCCAGAUGAUGGCUUAGCCGCAUUUGAGUCCUAUAAGUUGAUCACAUGCAAAGACACUAGGUAAGCACAUCUUUCAAUACAUUAUUACUCCGCUAACUAUGUUGUUGGAGUGUUUUUGCAGGUACCUUCCAUUUUCAUCAUCACAAUUUGACCAGUAGAUUUCUUCUCAUCUCAAAGAGAAGCAAAUAUAGUGGCCUUACCAAUCAUUUUGGUGCUACUAGAUCAGCUAUUCUCUAUCCAAAAUAAAUUACAUUUGCAGUUCUCAUUGUAGGGAGUGCUGAAAACAUGGGAGCAUAUACAUAACUGAAACUGCUGAACCAAUUUAUUGCUAAAUGGCUGGCAAAAUAACCGAAAUGCUAUUUCAUAUAGCCAUCCAUUAUUUUGUUGUAGGAUGCACUAUUUUAUUGCUUGAAUAAACCUUCAAUUUGGUCUUCUGAAGUUA